AUGCGGGAAGUUUCAAGCAAGGUGGUGGUCGUUGAUAUGUGCAGCGUGCAGCAGCGGCGCAGAUUUGUUUCCGUUGUCAUAUCCAGAACGCAGAUACGGUUGCAGCUUGACACGGCGUCCGACAUCACCGUCAUCAGCAGGAACAUAUGGAAAAAGCUCGGAAGUCCUGUUCUAGCACCAGCUACAGUGAAAGCGAAUACAGCGUUAGGCAACAUCCUGCCGCUCGAUGGAGAAUUCGAGUGCAGUGUCACGAUCGGAGGAAGUACACGAUGCGAGCUGGUCCGCGUCUCCGAGAAGCAACUACAUCUGCUCGGUUCCGAUCUUGUUGACAGCUUCAGUCUCUGGUCUGUACCCAUGGACACCUUCUGUUGCAGCGUUUCUGGUUCCCCAGCUUCACUCGAGUCAUCCUUUCCGAACGUCUUCAGCGAAAAGCUCGGUUUGUGCAGUAAAACCCAAGUGAAAUUGGAGCUGAAAGAAAGUGUUCGACCCGUUUUCUGCCCGAAGCGUCCGGUAGCAUUCGCGAUGUACGAUGCCGUCGACCAGGAGCUCGAUAGGCUGGAGAAACUCAACAUCAUAACUCCUGUCGACUACUCCGAAUGGGCCGCUCCUAUUGUCGUCGUUCGCAAAGCCAACGGUACCAUCCGGAUUUGCGGAGACUAUUCCACGGGAUUGAAUGCUGCUCUCCAACCCAAUCAGUAUCCGCUUCCACUUCCAGACGACAUCUUCGCCAAGCUCGCUGGCUGUCAGGUAUUCAGCCAAAUAGAUUUGUCCGACGCUUUCUUACAGGUGGAAGUUGACGAGCAGCACCGCAAGUUGCUCACUAUCAAUACGCAUCGUGGCCUCUAUUCCUACAACCGUCUUCCGCCGGGUGUGAAGAUUGCACCUGGUGCAUUCCAACAGCUCAUCGACACGAUGCUUGCCGGCCUAGAAUGCACUUCCGGGUACCUCGAUGACGUCAUCAUCGGAGGUAAAACAGAAGAAGAACACGAUCGCAACCUUCGAGCUGCUUUGAAGCGAAUCCAGGAAUUCGGUUUCACCAUCCGCGUCGACAAGUGCACUUUUCGUAAGCAACCUGUACAGUAA